GCCCCAAUAGCUGCUCCUGGCAAGAAAGUCUGCCUCUGGCGAAUGGCCAGAGGCAGACUUUCUCGGGCAGGCGCGCGCUCGGGUCCUCGGACUCAAAGAGGGCGCCCCGAUCCUGCCUCGCGCGUGCCCGCCCAGGCCCAUCUGGCCUGACUCUGGCGCAGCAUCUCUGCUCGGCCGGAUCCUGGAGCGGCCGCCGAGUUCACCUCUCUCUCCCUCCCUCCAUUCCAGUAGACGCGCACGCACCUGCUCCCUUUCCUGCCUUCCUUUCUAGCCUCCCUCCAGACGCGGAAGUAAAAAAAAAAACAAAACAAAAAACAAAAAAAAAAACCACCCAGCAGCUGAGGAAGAGCCCUGCGUACUCCGCUGAAGGCGGCGAGAAAGAGGCGGGGCUUCCCGAGACCCGCUGGCUACUGCUAGGUGCAGUAGUGCAUACACCUCUCGGUGGCUGCGCGCGCGCGUCUGUGCGUUCGUUUGUAUGUGUCUGUGUCUGUCUCUGUAUGUAAACGCGGCUGUCGCUGGGGUAGGAUUGUUGCCCUCGGUAACCAGGGAACCUGUCCGAGGCUUUCCGGCCGCACCGGAGCUCUGGGAGAUUCAGGCGGGACGUGGUGGGUCAGGCUUGUUGUUUUUAGAGGACAGUUUGGAGAGGCAGCGAGGGACUGCAACCGCCGCCAGCCGCCCGGGAACGUGAAGAAGGCCUGAAUUGCAAGCAAUUGAAUGAGAACAGUCCUAAAACAGUGGCAAGCCAGACAGUUAUAUGCCUACCAUUUAAAGCUGCCAUGACUUGCUAUGGCGUGCCAUUCUGCAACUAAUGAUGCUUUAUAAAGAGAACUGUUGAAACGUUGCACUUCAGAUAGACAAUCAUGCAGAAAAAAACAACACCGUUGCCACGUGGCGCAAUGGCAUCCUCAAGAUUAGGAGGAAGAACAUCCCGGGAUAUUGCUGGAGUGAUGCAGAGACUCCAAGAUGAACAAGAAUCUGUGCAAAAGCGGACUUUCACAAAGUGGAUCAACACACAUCUAGCCAAGCGCAAUCCUCCCAUAAUAGUCAAAGAUCUAUUUGAAGACAUUAAAGAUGGAAUUGUAUUGAUUGCUCUUUUGGAGGUCCUUUCGGGACAAAAAUUGCCUUGUGAACAAGGGCGAAAAUUGAAGAGAAUUCAUGGAGUGGCCAAUAUUGGUACUGCCCUUAAGUUUCUAGAAGGACGUAGGUCCGUGUAUAGAGGAUCACCGAUUAAGCUUGUCAACAUUAAUUCAACUGAUAUUGCUGAUGGAAGACCAUCUAUUGUGCUUGGUUUGGUGUGGACAGUAAUCCUGUAUUUCCAGAUAGAAGAACUUACCAGCAACCUGCCACAGUUGCAGUCACUCUGCAGUAGUACAUCAUCUGUGGAUAGUGUUGUCAGUUGUGAGACUGCCAGCCCACCCUCCAAGCGGAAAGUUUUUACUAAAGUCCAGGGAAAUGCAAAGAAGGCUUUGCUAAAAUGGGUGCAGUACACAGCAGCAAGGCAAACUGGAAUUGACGUCAAGGAUUUUGGACAAAGCUGGAGAAGUGGUAUUGCCUUUCAUUCAGUUAUUAAUGCUAUCCGUCCGGAACUAGUGGAUUUGGAGAAGGCAAAAACACAAUCUAACAAAAAAAAUUUGGAAGAGGCCUUUACAAUUGCAGAAUCAGAAUUGGGAAUCCCAAGACUCCUUGAUCCUGAAGAUGUGGAUGUGGAUAAACCAGAUGAAAAAUCAAUUAUGACCUAUGUAGCACAGUUUCUGAAACAUUAUCCAGAUCUUCAUAAUGCAGCAAGUGAUGCACAGGAGGCAGAUAAAGAUCAACUGAUGCUAAGGGAUCUGAAAAUUUGGAUUGAACAAUUUGAAAGAGACUUGUCAAGGACACAAAUGAUGGAAGCAAGCUUACAAGAAAAAUACCAGUCAUUCAAACAUUGCAAAGCACAAUACGAAGCAAAGAAGAAACAAGUUGAACGUGCAAUCCAGUCUUUAAGAAAGGACGGAAAACUUUCCCUUGAUCAAGCUUUGGUGAAGCAAGCCUGGGACAAAGUUACUUCUCAACUUUUUGAAUGGCACUUGUAUCUUGAUAAAUCUCUUCCUGCGCCUCUGGGCCCUAUCGCAGCCUGGCUUUGUAGGGCUGAGACCUCUGUUAGAGAAGAAAUCUCCAUUCAACAAUCUCAUGAGGAAACUGCAGAUGUGUUACAUCGGAAACUUGAACAGCAUAAAGAUAUGCUUAAAAAUGUAGAGGGGUACAAAAGGACAUUCCAGGAAAUCCGCCGAGCUCAGUCUGUCAAUGGAGUCCCUAUUCCGUUAGAGCAGCUUGAUGAUAUGGCUGAAAGGUUUAAUUUUGUCGCCUCAUCAUCUGAUCUCCAUCUGCUGAAAAUGGAGUUCUUGGAACUGAAGUACCGCUUGCUGUCACUCUUGGUCCUGGCUGAAUCAAAAUUAAAAUCCUGGAUUAUCAAAUAUGGAAGAAGAGAUUCUGUUGAGCUGCUUCUUCAGAAUUAUAUGACUAUUAUAGAAAACAACAAAUUUUUUGAGCAGUAUGAAAUUACAUAUCAGAUCUUGAAAAAAGCAGCUGAGAUGUACGCCAAUGCUAAUGGCUCAUCGGAAGAAAUAGAGAACAUUAAGAAGUUCAUGAAUGAUACAACAACGCAGUGGAGGCACUUGUCAGUUGAAGUGAGAAGUGUUCGGAGUAUGUUAGAAGAAGUCAUUUCUAACUGGGAUCGAUAUAGCAAUACAGUCGCCAUUUUGCAGGCCUGGCUUGAAGAUGCUGAAAAAAUGCUGAAUCAGCCUGAACAUGCUAAAAAGGAUUUCUUCCGGCAUUUACCACAAUGGAUUCAGCAACAUACUGCAAUGAAUGAUGCCGGUAAUUUUCUGAUUGAAACAUGUGAUGAGACUGUUUCCAGAGAUUUAAAACAACAAUUGCUCUUGCUAAAUGGACGAUGGAGAGAAUUAUUUAUGCAAGUUAAACAAUAUGCUCGGGCUGAUGAAUUAGACAGAAUAAAGAAGGAAUAUUUGGAUGGAGUGGCUGCCUUGUCUGCUUUUAUUGAUGAUGCAAAGAGGAAAAUCCACGCACAUUUAGAAGUGUCCUUUCUAAACGUAAAGUUGUUUGUCCAAGAAAUGGAGGAUAUUAAACAAAAAGCACUCAUUAUGGAAACCCAGUACAAGAUGAUAACAAGGACAGCACAAAUGGUUACCAAGGAAAUUCCACAAGAAGAAGUCAAUGAAAUGCUUGCACGAAUGCAAAGAAUCAAAGGACAGCUCAGCAAGGUGAAGGAGUUUUGCCCAGUUGUGCUGUUUGAUUCACAAGAAUUACUUCCUCAUCUUGAAGAAUUAGAGAAACAAAUUACACAUUUUCAUGAAUCUCUUGACAAGAUAAAUGAAAUUAUUUCUAUAUUAGAUCCUGAAGCCCAGCCUGCUCAUGUUUUUAAACAGCAACACCAGGAUCUGGUAGCUUAUCAAGAAAACUGCAAAAAAGCCUUGUUAUUAGUUGAAAGAAAUAGUCAGAUUAUCACAAAGCUUCUGGCUUCAAGUAAAGUGUUAAAUCACUUCAGCUUUUCUGUACUUCAGAAGAAAAUGGUGGAAAUUCAAGCUGCUUUUCAGGAUAUGGUGCAGAAGACCGGUGAUUGGAAGAAAAAUGUUGAGGUAAAUAGUCGUUUGAUGAAGAAAUUUGAAGAAUCUAGAACAGAGUUGGAAAAAGUUCUCCAGACUGCCCAAUGCUGUCUAAAAGAAAAAGGCAAUCCUGAAGAACUUCUCCGGAAACAUACGGAAUUUUUCAGUCAGUUGGACCAAAGGGUGCUCAAUGCUUUCCUGAAAGCUUGUGAUGAACUUACUGACAUCCUUCCUGAGCAAGAGCAACACACCCUUCAGGAAGCUGUGCGGAAAUUGCACAAGCAGUGGAAGGAUCUCCAGUCAGAAGCUCCAUACCAUUUACUCCGCUUAAAAAUAGAAGUGGAAAAAAGCAAACUCCUAGUAACAGUGCAAGAAUGUCACACUGAACUCAAUCGACAGCAUGAGCUCAUGACCAAGGAGAGCAGUGAAAAAAUAAUUAAGGAGCACAAGAUGUUUUUUGGUGACAAAGGGCCUUUACAACAAUGUGAGAAACGACAGCAGCUGAUUAAAGAACUGUGUUUGAAACUACCAGAAUGGGAUCCAAUUAAAAUGACCUCUGAAAGUAGCCAAAAAGAUCUCAGUGAACUUAAAACUCAAGUUGCCAGGACCUACAUGAAAUUAAUAAAUCAACCAGAUAAAUGGCAAGAAUACAAGAACAGAUUUUCUGAAUUACGAAGCUGGAUUUCAUCAAAGGAGACACAACUUAAAACAAUUAAGAAUGAUUCAGCUGAUACUACUAAAUACAAACAGUUUAAAACAUCAAUAGAGGAAUUUAGGCAAGAUGCCUGCAAGAAGGGAGAAAUUAUCAUCUGGUUGAAAUCUAGGCUUGUUGCCUUAUCUGAGGUUUCUUCUGAGAGUGAAGUAAAAAAACAAGGGGAUGAACUUUCAGUGCUUGCUAGUGACUUUAAGAAAAUGUUAGCCUUGUUGUCAGAGAUUGAGAAGACAUUAGGUGCGGUUGGAGAUUGUGUUCAAUACACCGAAGAGGUGAAAGGCACAUUAGAAGAACUGAUCACAAACUCAAAAGAAGCUCAGACAGAAGUUGAAAAAAUCUUAGAUGUUGAUAAUUUGUUACAGGCCCAGCAAAUCCUUCUCUAUCAUCAGGUUGAAUUGGAAAGAUGGAACAUUUUAAUUUUCUGUACUAAGAUGCUGAAGCAAAAGUCAAAGAGGCUUCAUGCAAAAAGGCAAGAUGUACAACAACAAAUUGCCCAUAGCAAAGAGCUACAAAUUGAAGGUGGUUUGUCUCCUGCUGUGCAAGAAGAUUUAUGGAAGUUGGAGAGUACCUUAGAAAGCAUGCAGCAAUCUAUGGAACAACGCGGAGAUCAGUUGCAGCUCACAAUAAACACAUGGGAACAGUUUGAAAGAGAGAAAGAAACAAUUGUCAAGUAUUUGAGUCAUGCAAGCUCUGCCCUUGAACGCAUCUUAAGUUUUAGCAGCUUGGAGAGUUUGGCAUCAGAAUUAGAAAAGACAAAAGAACUUUCCAAGCAGACCGUAGCCAUGGCCAUGGAAGCGGAGAGUCUAGUCAAGAAGUCUUUUGCCAUACAGCUUGGUCAGAGGAGCAAAGAGAGCCUUCAGCAGCAAGCAAAGUCGAUGCAGGAACAAGUUAAAAAAGUAGAAGCUACCCUUGAAGAAGAUAUUAAAACCAUGGAAAUGGUGAAAGACAAGUGGGAUCAGUUUGGGAAAAAAUUUGAAGCAUUGUCCGUCUGGAUCAAUGAAAAAGAAAAAGCGCUGGAUGCCUUGGAAAUAUCAUCAUCUUCCCUGGAUGUGCAAAUCAACCAAAUUAAGGCUGUUAAGAAUGAAAUAGCUGAUAAGGACAACGAAAUGCCAAAGCUAGAAGAAGAUGCUCAACUUUUCUCUCAGUAUCUUACUUCUGGAGAAUCGGCACAUAUUAAAGCCAAGAUGACACAGAUUAGGAGAUACUGGGAAGAAUUCAGAGACCACGCACAGAAUUUGGAAGGAACCAUCGCAGGAAGGGCAUCGGUGCAGCAAAAAUUUGAGGAAAACUUUAGAAAGAUUCAAGAAGACUUAAGCAGUUCUGAAGCCAAAGUGAUAGAGCUUGAUAUCUCAUCCUGUUCAUUAGCAGAAACCUAUAAGGCUCUCCAAGACCUUACGGACCUCUCACAAGAUCUGGAAAGAAUGAAUCAAGCACUGACUUCUUUAGCAUCUGGCUCUCGCAAACUUACAAACAAAGAAAAAGCAAAUCAAGAUAUUGUCAUGCUUCAGCAAAAACAUGAAAAUAUUGUGAAACAAGUGAAAGAGAAAUAUGACUCUUUAGAGACUCAUCUAGUACAAUGUCAGAGAUUGGAGAAGGAUUUGUCUACCUUUUUGACUUGGUUAGAGAAGUGUGAAACUACAGUCAGACCUACAGAACAGCAUGUUUCUGCUGACAAAGUUAAAGUAGAAAAUGAACUACAAUUACUUCAAGAUUUGAAAAUGGAUAUUGCAUCUCAUGAUUCGCAUUAUACUAGCAUAUUCCAGUUGAAUGAGACACUAUUUAAAGCAAGUUGCAGUGAAAGUCUGAGAUCAGUUAAAAAAGAAUUAGAAAAAGUUGAUGAAAGAUGGAAAAAUCUACCUCAGACUGUUAACAGGAGGAUAAUUUUCCUCCAGUCCGUGCUUGAUGAACACAGACAAUAUGAUGAGCUUCUUCUCAAUUUUUCUGAAUGGAUCAAGCCAAUUCUUUGUAAACUACAGCAAACUUCAGAGAUUAAUAUAACCGAUCAACAACCUGCUAUACGUCAGAAUAAGGAGCACAAAUUAGAAGUGGAAGGAAAAGACAAAGAGCUACAGAGUCUGAAGAGUCAUGUUGAAAAGUUGUGUUCUUUUACUCAGCCAGAAGAUCACAGUGUAUUCCAAAAUAAGGUUGAAGACUGUGUCCAGUUGUACCAAGAGGCUGUUCAAGUAAUCAGCCGCCGUCAGGAUGUUCUUCCCCAUCUCAAGGCCUUUUUAGAACUUCAUAUCUCUGCAUCACAUGUACUUCACCAGUUGAGACAAAAGGUAGAAACAACAAAAAACAUAGAUAAGUUAAAAUCAGAAAUGCUGAAGAAGCAGCUAAGUGAUGUCGUUCAAGAUGUCAACAAACUGGAAUCUACAGCAGCCAGUUUAGAUGUAUCCCUUACUAAAGCCCACUACCACCUGAAACAAGGAAACUCUGAGCAGAGGAGUUCCUGCAGUAACAUUGCUGACAACGUCGGUAUAGAACUGGAAUCCAUUCAGUCUUUGCUUGGAUCUAAGCAAAGUGAAGCAGAGGCCCUUAGUGCUCUUCGUUCAUCCAUCCUAGAGCGUAAAGAACAUCUCUUAAAACGAAUUGAAGAUCUUGAAGAAAGGGCUGACAAGGAAGGCCUGAAGGAACCAAACCUUCAGGAAGUCCAGCAAAGGUUAAGGAUUUUCAACCAGCUGGAUGAUGAACUGAAUUCUCACCAGCAUGAAUUGAAAUGGCUAAUGAGCAAAGCAAAGCAAAUUGCUUUAAAAGAUAAUCAUUUUGCCCCAACAAUUGACAAAGAGAUUAAUUGUCUGGAAGCAACUUGGGAUGAUACAAAGAAACUAAUCCAAGAAAAGCAGGAGCAAUGUUGUGUCCUUCUUGAUAUUAUGAGACAGUAUCACAAUCUGAAAAAUGCAGUUUCUAAAGCAAUAGAGGAUGCCCGCACUGUAACAGUGACCAAAGCCAUGCUAAAAGACCAGGGAGAUGCGCAAAGGGCCUUAUCAAAGCAUGAAGCAGCCAGGAACGAGCUGAAUGAUAGACAGGCUGAACUGGAUGCCUUCACUAACAAAGGAAAACACCUCAUUGCAGAGCUGAAAAAGAUACCAAACUGUGAUGCUCGGAUGAUAAAAAUUGAGAUGGACAGUACUGUGGACAAAUGGUUAGACGUUUCAGAAAAAAUUGAAGACAACUUAGAUAAGUUGAGCGUUAGUGUGACUUUGUGGGAAGACAUACUUGCCAUCCGUGAUAAUAUUGAAGGAUGGUGCAAUAACACCAUCUCCCAGUUGAAUGACAUCAUAAAUAACUUGGCGAACUGUCGUGGAGCUGAAAUUUUCUUGGAUGAAUUUCAGUCUGAGUUGAAGCACAAAGAAGAGAAGUUGGAGCAAAUGAGUUCAAAGAUAUAUGAGCUUAAAGAAUUGGUAAAUGUAGAAGAACUUCCUCCAAUUCUUCUGUUUUUAGAUGCUGAUUUAAAGAAGAAGAUAAUGCAUAGCAAAGCAAUGUACGAUAUAGCUAAAGAAACUUUGAAAGAUUUUAAUUCUCAGAAGACACAGUUAUAUAACUUCGUUACUCAGAUGGAAAACUGGUUUGUCAAUACAGAAGAAUCACUAUUAAACUGCAUUCAUAGUCAGGUUCCAUCAGACCUUGGGACAGUCAAUAAAAUACAGAAGGAGAUCCGCCAACAGCAGAAGAAUUUUGAUUCUACACUGGAAAUGCUUAAUGGCCUCUGCCGCAAAUAUCCAUCAUUGGAGUUGGAAACUCUUGGAGGCACUAUAACCUCCCUGAUAAAGAAAUUUGAAGCUGUAAAUCAGAUGAGUUUGAAAACUCAGGGAUCUUUACAGGAGUCCCUAGAAAAACAUUUCUUACAAUCUAUGGAGGAGUUUCAAAACUGGUAUUCUAAUCUGAGAAUUGCAGUAAAAGAUAUAAAUAUUGCAUCUGGGGACAGUAAAGCUGUUGAAGCAAAACUCCACAAACUACAGAAAGUGCUAGACUCUUUUAAUGAAGGAAAGGCUAAACUGGAGUCAGCCUGCCAGGAAGGAGAAAAUCUGUGUACUUAUUUGCCUAAACCGUCUGUGAAUGGUAUUCAAGAACAGAUAUCUAAAGCUCAUCAGGACUUUGAAGCAUUUCUAAAACAAUGUUUGAAAGAUAAACAAGAUUUGGAAGAAUGCAUUGCAGAAUUGGAAAGUUUUGAAGACCGGUGUAAAAGCUGGAGUUUGUGGCUUCGUGAAAAGAAGGAAAGAAUAAACACAGAAGCUCUGGGUGAACACAGACAGCACAUCCCAGAUAAGAAAGACGAGGUACAGAAAGUAGAAGCCUUUUUGGAAGAACUUCUGCUUGCAAGAGAAUCCUUUGAUAAACUCUCUCAAAAGGCAAAAAUUUUAAGUGAGAAAGACUACAGCACCGGAAUGGAGGUUCGCUUGGCCUCUCAGCAGUUUUCUGCUUAUCAGAAUUUAAUCCAGGAAGUAAAGGAGAAGCUGCGGCUCUCUCAGAUAGCCCUCCAAGAUCACCAGACUUUGGAGGAAGCUUUGCAGGAUAUGUGGACCUGGGUGAAGGAUGUUCAAGGAAAACUCAGCUGUGCUGAGGGCACCCUUGGGGACAAAGUGACCUUGGAGAAAAGACACCUCCAAAUUCAGGAAAUCCUAUUAAUGAAAGGGGAAGGAGAGGUCAAGUUGAACAUGGCCAUUGGCAAAGCUGAACAAGCCCUUAAAACAAGUAAUGAAGAGGGACAGAAAAUGAUUCAGAGUCAGCUGCAAAGAUUAAAAGACCUCUGGGGCAGCAUCGUCAGCACCUCGGUCAGCUGUCAAAGCUUACUGGAGUUUGUCAUAAAUCAGUGGAAUUGCCACCUGGAGAAGAAAAGUCAGCUGGAUCAGUGGUUGGAUUCAAUAAAUCACAAAUUGAAAGAGCCUUUGGAACCUCAGAAUGGCCUGAAAGAGAAAUUUUCCCAGCUGGACUGCUUCCAAGCUAUUGUUUCAGAAGUGGAAGAACAUUCUAAUGACCUACACCAGCUCAUAGUAAAAGCCAGAGAACUGCACGAGAAAACACAGGAUGAUUCUUUUGGAGAAACUGCUCAAGAGGAGUUGAAAACACAAUUCACAAAUAUUGCAACGGUUGCUAAGGAAAAGAUGAAAAUAGCUGAAGAUAUUGUAAAAGACCAUCUGUUACACCUCGAUGCAGUGCAUGAAUUUUCUGAUUGGCUUCAUUCAGCAAAAGAAGAGCUUCACCGCUGGUCAGACACAUCAGGAGAUUUGUCUGCCAUACAGAAAAAAUUAGCCAAAAUCAAUGAGCUGAUAGAUUCCAGACAGACUGGUGAGGGUCGCCUCCACAGGAUCGAAACACUGGCUCCUGCCGUGAAAAAGAACACAAGCGUUCAAGGAGGCAAAGACAUGGACGCCGAAAUGCAAGCCCUCCAAUCCGACUGGAAACAGUGGGAAGAGAAUGCUUUCCAGUCCCAAAACAAGCUGCAGGAACUGGAGAGUCAGAUGGCCUGGUCAGAGCAGGAGUUUGCAGCUCAGGCUGUUCUUCUGGAAGAGGCCUUACAGCGUUUCAGCACGUUGCUUGCAACCUGGUCUAAAGGCCUGACCCCUCUGGACAGUAAGCACACAGACCAAGAGCUGGUUGAAUGCUGGCACCGAGAAAAGGAAACUCUGGAUGCCCUAACAAAGGCCGAGUCUAUUAAUGAUGAUAUUAAGACUCAGUUAAAUGAUCUUUGCCGGUUUUCCAAAGAUUUAAGCAGCUAUUCUGCAAAGGUUUCCCAGUUAUUUAAAGAAUAUAAUAGUCUUUGUCUACAAGCUUCAAAGGGAUGCCAAAGCAAAGAGCAGGCCUUGCAGCAGAGAUUCAGGACAGUCUUCAGAGAUUUUCAGCAAUGGCUGGUCAAUUCCAAAAUCACUACUGCCAAAUGUUUUGAUGUGCCUCAAAAUGUCAAUGAUGUUACAGCUAACAUACAGAAAAUACAGGAAUUCUUAUCUGAAACUGAGACUGGUCAACAUAAAUUAAAUUUAGUGGUGUCCAAAGGAGAACUGUUAAGUUCUAUAUUACCUAAAGAAAAAGUUAAAUCCAUUCACAUCAAAAUUGCUUCAGCUAAAGAGGACUGGAAGAAAUUUAUUUCCACUCUGCAUCAAAAGGAAACAGCUUUAGAGAAUUUAAAGGUACAGAUGAAACACUUUGAAACAAAUGCUGAACCUCUUCAAGACUGGUUGAAUAAAACCAAAGAAAUGGUGCAAAGUAGUAAUAAUAAUCUGCGUGACCUUCCCACUAAAAGGAGAGAACAUCAGAAAUUACAGUCUUUUCUUGAAGAAAUAAAAUGUAAUGAGCCUCAGCUCAACAGAUUAAAAGAAAAAGCUCAGCAGCUUUGGGAAGAACAAGCUGCCAGCAAAAACUUUGUGCACAGAGUUUCUCAGCUAUCAUCUCUCUAUCUUGCUCUGAGCAACCUAACAAAGGAAAAGGUCUCCAGAAUGGACAGAAUAGUAGCAGAGCACCAACAGUUUUCUCAUGGAUUAAAGGAGCUUCAGGACUGGAUGGCAGAUACAAUUCAGGUGCUUGAAUCUUACUGCUGCCCCACGGCAGACAAAAACGCCCUUGAUAAUAGAAUGGCAAAGCUUGAGGCAAUCCUUUCAUUAAAGCAAGAGAAAGAAAUUCAAAUGAAAAUGGUAGUGACAAGAGGAGAAUCUGUUUUACAAAAUACGUCAGUAGAAGGAGCAUCUGUGAUUGAACAACAGCUGAAAACUCUGAAGGACACCUGGGCUUCCCUCUUGUCUACAUGUAUCCACUGCAAAAGCCAGCUCGAAGGAGCUCUCUCCAAGUGGACAAGCUACCAGGAUGAUGUUCAGCAGUUUACUAGUUGGAUGGAUAAAGUAGAAGCAAUUAUGAAUGCCUCAGAAAGACAGUAUUCUGAACUGAGGGGAAAAAAAUCUUCACUCAGCAAAUCUAAGUUACUUAAGGAAGAAAUAUUUAGUCACAGUACACUGCUGGAAGCUAUUGAAGUCAAAAGCAUGGGCAUGACUGAGCAUUAUGUCACUCAGCUUGAACUGCAAGAUCUUCAUGAGAGAUACCAGCUUCUCAAAGACAGAAUAAUGGAAACAAUAACUAAAGCUGAAGAAUACGUGCAGUUGCAUCAAGAGUACCAAAAGAAUUUGAAGGCCUUUGAAGUAUGGUUGGAAAAAGAACAGGAAAAGCUCAACUGUUUAUCACAUCUUGAAGGUGAUACAGAGAGAUACGAAGCAACACUCCAAGAACUCCAGGAAUUACAGGUACAUUGUGCCGAAGGACAAGCAUUGCUUAAUGCAACACUCCAUGCUAGAGAAGAAAUAAUCCCAUGGGGUGCACCCCAGUUGGAAGAAAGAGUAUUGGAGUCUCUCCGUCAAGAUUGGACAGUCUACCAACACAGUCUUUCUGACAUUAGGAUACAGCUGAAUACUACCUUAAGCAGACUAAAACUGAUGGAGAACAAAUUUUUGAAGAUGGAUCAAUGGCUCAAAACUCUGGAGAAGAAAGUUAAUAUCAGGACUAGCCGGCAAUCUGACCGAGCCACAAAGGAAAUCCAGCUUCAGCAGCUGAAGAAUUGGCACGAAGAAAUAACAGUCUAUAAAAAUGAAGUUGAAGAAGUCGGUUUGUUGGCGCAGCAUUUCCUGGAGGAAAUUCGUACUUCCAGUAGGAUGGGAAGACAAGCAAUCCAACUUGCUUCUCGAUACCAAACUCUUGUUCUUCAUGUCCUGGAACAAAUAAAAUUCCUGGAAGAAGAAAUUCGAAGUUUGGAAGAAUCUGAACUAGCUUUCAGGGUUUACAAAGACUGGUCUGAAGCUAUCCUUAGGAAAUUCAGAAAUGUUGUGACAAAAUGUGAUGUAGCAGACAGAGCAUUAAUGGAGAAAAAAAUGAAGAAACUUGAGGAUCUCAUGAGUGACAUGGAUGUUGGCCAUAGUUUGCUCAAAUCUGCCCGUGAGAAGGGAGAGAGAGCUAUUAAGUAUAUUGAGGAAAAUGAAGCUGAACAACUAAAGAAACAAAUCAGUGAUUAUGUAGAACAACUUGAUGAAAUGACUUGUUCUAUCAGAAAGGAAUGUACAACCUUAGAGAAAUGUCUCCACUUAACAAAGGAAUUUUUAGAUAAGUAUAAAGUACAGACACAGUGGCUAACAGAUUAUCAAAUCAUACUGCACAAUACAGUGGAUCCCAAAAUGGAAUUAUAUGAGAAGAAGGCACAGUUAUCAAAAUACAAGACAGUGCAGCAGACUAUACUAUCCCAUGAACCUUUAAUCAAAUCUGUUGUGGAAAAAGGCGGAAGCCUUCUUGAAUUGAUCAGUGAUGCUAAUGUAGCUGAGAAUAUUCAAAAACUUCAGAAUGAAUACCAGGAGCUUUGCAAUAUAGCAAAGAUACAGGUUGCAAGCUUGGAAGAGAAAGUAAAACAACAUGAAGACUAUAAUAGUGUCUUACAGGAAGUGGAAAAGUGGUUGUUACAAAUGUCCAGCAGGCUGAUUACUCCUGAAUUCAUGGAAAACAGUGAUCUAGAAGUGAUAACACAACAAUUAGCCAGUUAUAAGGCAACAAUGGAAGAAAUUGCAGGAUUUGAAGAUCGCCUGAACAUCCUUAAAAGCAAGGGAGAUUCUUUAAUCAAAGAGUGUGCAGAACAUCUCCAAGCAAAAUUUAAACAAAACAUAGAAACCCAGCUGCAGGGAACGAGAGAUAGCUAUUCAGCCCUCUGUAGCACAACUCAAAAAUUAUAUCAAAGUUUGGAGUAUGAACUCCAGAAACAUGUUAACCAUCAGGAUACUCUUCAGCAGUGCCAAGCUUGGCUUACUACAGUUUGGCCAGAGUUAAAGUCCAAUCCUCAUCGACCUUCCAGUUCAGCAGAUGCUGUUAAGCAGGUUAAACAUUUUAGAGCCCUGCAUGAGCAGACAAAUACCUAUUUGGAUCUAUUAUGCUCCAUUGAUGAUUUAUCAGACAGCACAGUAAAAAAUGCAGCAACAGAUUUUCAAGAAGCAAAGCAAACGAUUGAAGAUAGGAUAAUGAACUCCCAGUAUCUUGCUCAGGGAUGGGAAGAAAUAACGCAAAUGAAAGAGGAACUUAGGAUAUAUUUCCAGGACGCAGAACAGCAACUGCAGAAUAUGAAGAGACGGGGAGCAGAGCUAGAAUUAAAUAUUGCUCACAAUAUGGUUUUACAGGUGCAGGACUUCAGCCAGAAGCUCCAAUCUAAACAGACAGUUUUGACUGCAGUGACUGAAAAAGUGAGCAAAUUGACAGAAGGGCAGGAGUCACCAGAGCACAAGGAAGUAGGACGCUUGAGCAACUAUUGGCUUGAUCUUUGCCUUCAAACAAGCAAUGUGCUCUUACGUAGAAAAGAAGAUCUUCAGAGAACAACAGAAUAUCAUGAUUGUCUAAGUGCGGUAGAAGUGUUUUUAGAAAAUUUUACACAGGAAUGGGAUCACUUAGCAAGAUCAGAUGCCGAGAGUACAGCUACACAUGUUGAGGCUUUGAAAAAAUUAUCAAUGGCUCUGAAAGAUAAACGGCUUGCUCUUGAAAACUUAAAGGAACAGAAGCAAAAAAUGACUGAACAUCUAAAUUUGGAUGAUAGAGAACUAGUCAAAGAACAGUCAGGAUACUUUGAGCAGUGCUGGAUCCAGCUAGAGGACCAUGUCAAGAAUAAAAUACAACUAUCUGUCACCACAUUACAAGAAUUGAAUGUUGUGCAAGCCAAACUUCAAGAGUUAAUGGAGUGGGCAGAAGAGCAGCAGCCUAGCAUCUCUGAAGCUCUUAAACAUAGCCCACCUCCUGAGCUGGCUCAAAAUUUUCUCAUGGUUCACCUCACCCUUUGUAAUGAAGUAGAAGCCAAGCAGCUUAUUUUAAAAACAUUAAUGAAGGAUGCUGAUAGAGUGAAAACUAAUUUAGGGCUUACUGAAAGACAAAUGCUCCAAAAAAGUCUAUCAGAUGCCCAAAAUCAUGUGGAUUUCCUUAGUGAACUGGUUUGGCAGAGAAGAAAGCACUUAAAUAAGACAUUAUCUGAAAGGACUCAAUUCUUCCUAGCAGCCCUUCAAGCCAUGAAUCAAAUUAAACAAUAUGAGAAGAAGGUAAUAUUCCAUGAACAUACCUGUCUGCUACCAGAAGAUGUGAGCAAACAGAUCAGGUCUUGUAAGAGUAUACAAGCCAGCCUUAAGGUUUACCAAAGUGAAAUCUCUGGACUGUGGUCUCAAGGGAGGAACCUUAUGAAGGAAACAACAGAACAAGAGAAAAGUGAAGUGUUGGAUAAACUACAAGUGUUGCAGAACAUGUAUGAUAUUAUUUUACAAAAAUGUGGCCAGCGAGUAAUAGAUCUGGAAAAACAUACAGUUUCUAGGAAAUAUUUUAAAGAAGAUUUGGAUAAAGCAUGCCACUGGUUAAAACAAUGUGAUAUUGUUUCAUUCCCAGAAAUCAAUUUAAUGAAUAGUAAUACAGAACUUUAUUCUCAAUUAGCUAAGUAUCAGCAGAUUCUUGAACAGUUUCCUGAAUAUGAAAACCUUUUAUUGAUAAUUCAAAAAGAUGGCCAGGAAAUUUUACCAUCCCUUAAUGAAAUGGAUCGUUCCUACCUUGAGGAAAAACUCAGUGCCUUGCCUCAACAAUUUAAUAUGAUCAUUGCUUUGGCUAAAGAUAGGUUCUGUAAAGUCCAAGAAGCAAUUACAGCCCGUAAAGAAUAUGCAUCAUUAAUUGAACUGACAACAAGGGCAUUGUCUGAACUGGAAGAUCAGCUUGUAAAUUUGCGUAAAACCCCCUCCACUCUUACAGCUAGAGAAGUUGUGUCACUUCUGGAAGAUUACAAAAAUGUCCUAAGUGAAGUCACAAGCCUUGGCAGUGCAAUAGAUGAAUUAAAUCAGAAGAAGGAAGCUUUUCGAAGCUCUGGGCAGCCGUGGCUACCAGAAGAGAUGUUAACGCUUGCUACGCUGUAUCACAAAUUAAAACGGCAGACAGAACAGAAAAUUAACCAACUAGAAGACAUGAUGGUGACUUAUCAGGAACAUGAAGAAAUGUGUAAGCAGCUUGGGAUGAAACUAAAUUCCAUAAAAGAAAAAGAAGCAGAAGUGAAUGAAGAAACCCUUCCAGCUGAGCAAAAGCUAAAAAUGUACCAUUUCUUAGCUGGUAGUCUUCAGGAUUCUGGGAUCCUUUUAAAACACAUUGCUGAACAUCUUGAAGGGCUUUCUUCCCAGAUUGACCCAUCUGUUCAUGAAGGAGCUGAUCGCCAAGUGCGAAUUUGGCAGGAAAUGAUGAAAGUAUUGCACACUUCCAUUGGGGAUAAAGUGGUGGAGUGUGAAAACAGGCUGGUAGAAAGCAUAGAUUUUCAAACUGAAAUCUCUCGCUCCCUGGAUUGGCUGCAACAGAUCAAAGCAGACCUGAACGAACCAUUAAACAUGGAUGUAAAACUGAAUAGCAUUCAAGAAGAGAUUCGCAAAGUUCAGAUCCAACAGGAAGAAGUACAAUCUAGCCUAAGGAUAAUGAGAGCACUAAGCAAUAAAGAAAAAGAAAAAUAUAUGAAAGCCAAAGAACUGGUUCCUGUAGACUUGGAAAACAGCCUUAUUGAGCUCUCUAAACUCAACAGUGAAGUCCAGGAAGCAAUACAAAAGAGGCAGGAAAAUUUGACUAAAUUAUAUAGUCUUUGCCAAAAAUACUACCAAGUUUCCCAGACUGCUAACAACUGGCUUGAAGAUGCUCAGAUAUUGCUCCAAUUUGCACAAAAUGGCCUUGACACAGAAAAUUCAGAAGAAAACCUAAGAAACCAUGAAGAAUUUUUUAAUACUGAAAAACAGUUCCGACUCCAUUUGAAAGAACUAAAGAUGCUUGUGUCUGACAUGGAGCCAUUCAUUCAGAACCUCAGAAAAGAAGAUCUGGAGCAGAAAGUGAGGGCUUUAGAAGAUAAGAGCAUGGAAAUAGAACAAGAAGAACCAUGUCAGAAAGAAUUAUUACAAAGGUGUGUUUCUCAGUGGCAAGAAUACCAAAUAGCAAGACAACACAUCAUUGACUUGAUGAAUGAAUCUGAAAAGACAUUAUCUGAAUUUUCUGUAGCUAAAACUUUUUCCCAACUGGAAGCAGAGGAAAAAUUAAUAUCACAUAAGUCUCUGGUCUCUACAGUAAACUCUUUUCAUGAGACAAUCACUUCACUGGAGGAAAAGGCAUCCUUCCUGGAGAAAACAGGCAACAUAGCCAGUAAGGGAACCAUAAGUCAGUCUAUGACAGCUGUCUGGCAGCGGUGGGCCAGACUCAGAAGCAUUACCCAAGAGCAAGAAAGGAUUUUGGAAGAAUCAGUGCAGAAAUGGAAUGUAUUUAAUGAUAAGAUGCAAAAAGCAACAGAGACUCUUGAUCAGCUGCAUGAACGUUUACCAGAAGGCUCAGUCGAAAAAGCUUCAAAGAACGAACUUCUGGAUCUUCUAGAUUAUCACAGUAAUUUCAUUCUAGAGCUUGAACAGCAACUAUCAUCCUUGGGCCUCCUGAAACAGCAUUCUUUUAGCUUGCUCCAAGAUAUAGAAAUAACACCUAGCUCCCAGGAACAAAUGCCCAUCAUACAAGAAAUCAAAGCAAUGCAAGACAGAUGCCAUAACAUGCAACAGAAGGUGAAAAAAAGUGAGAAAAUAGUUAAACAAGAAUUAAAGGAACGUGAAGAAGUGGAAAAAGAUAUUAAUAAAGUAAAAAUUUGGAUUCAGGAAGGCAGAGAAUAUUUAUUAAAUCCUACGAUAGAAAGCGAUACUCAACUUGAAAAACUUCAGACACUCCUGAAGGAAGCCACUAUGCACCGUCAAGCAGUUGAGAAAAUGGCUGAACAGCAGCAGAAUAAAUACUUGGGACUUUAUACCAUUUUACCUUCUGAGCUGUCUCUUCAGUUAGCAGAAGCAGGCUUGGCACUAGUAAAUAUGCAUGAGCAGAUUGAAGCCAAAGUAAAAGAUGCUCAGCAGCACAAAACAUUAAAUCAAGAAUUUAACCACAAAAUUCAAGACGUGGCCAAAGAGCUUGAUUCAAUUCAACUGAAAUUGAAAGAGAAGACUAAUAAUAUCACACAAGCUAAAAGAGAUCAAAAGAAUCUGGAUGAAGAAGUAGACAGCUGUAACAUAAAGCUUCUGGAACUUGAGGCAGCUGUCCAAAGCUUUGCAGAGCAGAACCCUCAGCUAGGUAAACAGCUGGCUGGCAAAAUUAAUAAACUGACAGAAUUCCACCAACAAAUAAUUAGGGAAGCGGAAUACAGGGCAUCAAAGCUAAAUCAGGCUGUUUCUCAUAUAGAUGAAUAUAAUGAAAUGCUAGAAUUCAUAUUAAAAUGGAUUGAAAAAGCUAACAUUUUAUUACAUGGUAACAUAAUGUGGAAUUCUGCUACUAUACUUCGCAAUCAAUUUAUGUCUCAUCAGGCCAUGUUUGAAGAGGCCGGUGAGCUUCCUAGGGAUCUUGAAACUAUGAAUGAAAAAACAGAAUACUUGGCAAGUGUGUAUUUCACUGAAGCCAUGUCUCAGCAAGUGUCAGAUCUUCGCAGGCAGACUGAGGAUUUACAGCAGGCUAUCAAACACCGGCUACAAAAUAUUCAGGAUGCAGCAAAAGAUAUGAAGAAAUUUGAAACAGAGGUGAAAGCUCUUCAUACAGCUUUAGAGCAAGCUCAAGCCACUCUGACAUCUCCAGAAAUUGGUCGUUUGAGUCUGAAAGAACAACUUUCUCACCGACAGCAUUUGCUUUUGGAAAUGGAAUUAUUGAAGCCAAAGGUUCAUGCAGUCCAAGCUUGUCAGAGUGCUUUACGGAUCCCUGAAGAAGUUCUCACUACUCUACCAAUAUGUCACGCAGCUCUUAGGCUGCAGGAGGAUGCCAGUCAUCUACAGCAUACAGCUAUCCAGCAGUGCAAUAUAAUGCAGGAAGCAGUAGUGCAGUAUGAGCAGUAUGAACAAGAGAUGAAAUAUCUACAGCAAAUGAUAGAAAAAGCCCAUUACGAGAUUCAAGAGAAGCCCAUAUCUACAAGUAACAUCCAAGAAUUGGAAGCCCAGAUUUCAUGCCACGAGGAGCUGGCACAGAAGAUCAAAGGCUACCAAGAGCAAAUUGCAUCUCUCAAUUCAAAGUGCAAGAUGCUAACAAUGAAAGCCAAGCACGCUACUAUGCUGCUGACAGUGACAGAAGUGGAAGGGCUUUCAGAAAGAAUGGAGGAGUUGGAUUCAGAAGACAUGCUUCCUGCACAUACUGCUCACUCGUCCAUAGUGAUGAUGACUGCUGGUCGCUGUCACACACUUCUGUCACCAGUUACUGAGGAAUCUGGGGAAGAGGGAAGCAACAGUGAGAUCUCUUCUCCUCCCGCCUGUCGCUCUCCUUCACCUGUGGCUAAUGCUGAUGCUUCUGUUAAUCAGGACAUUGCUUAUUAUCAAGCCUUAUCUGCUGAACAGUUGCAGACAGAAGCAUCCCAAAUUCAGCCUAGCGCUCCGAUUGCUCAGGAAUCCUGUGAACUAAGAUUAGAAACCAUUUCCAGUACUAAAUUGGAUGAUUUACAACGUUCUUGGGAGACCCUGAAAAAUGUGAUUAGUGAAAAACAGCGUACACUUUAUGAGGCUCUUGAACGUCAGCAGAAAUACCAAGAUUCUCUUCAGUCUAUAUCAACCAAAAUGGAAGCCAUUGAGGUGAAAUUAAAUGACACUCUAGACAGUCAUAAGAGUCCAGAAAGCCAGAUGGCUGGCCACCAGGCUUUGAUGGAUGAGAUUCUGAUGCUCCAAGAGGAAAUAAGUGAGCUACAAACCUCAUUAGCGGAGGAAUUGGUGUCUGAACCGCUAGACGCAGAUGCUGCUGAGCAGUUGGCUCUGCAGUCCACGCUUACCGUGUUAGCAGAGAGAAUGGCCACUAUCAAGAUGAAAGCUUCAGGAAAACAGCAGCUUCUUGAGGAGAAACUCAACGAGCAACUAGAAGAGCAGCGUCAAGAGCAGGCUCUGCAAAGGUAUCGCUCUGAAGCAGAUGAACUUGAUCACUGGCUUCUGAACACGAAAGCAUCUCUAAAUACUACGCUGGUGACUGAAGAGGAGCCCAUGGAUAUGGAUUCUCAACUGGUUGACUGCCAGAAUAUGCUUGUGGAAAUUGAGCAGAAGGUGGUGACUUUGUCUGAGCUGUCCGUACACAAUGAAAACCUCCUCAUGGAAGGAAAAGCUCAAACCAAGGGUGAGGCUGAGCAACUGGCACUGAAACUCAGAACGCUAAAGGGAAGUCUUCUGGAACUACAGAGAAUCCUUCACGACAAGCAAAUCAAUAUCCAGCAGGGCGCUGUACAGGAAAAAGAAGAAUGUAAAUCAGAUGUGGUCACAUCUCAAGAUCCCAGUGUCCAGGAGUGGCUGGCCCAGGCACAAACAACCCGUUCACAACAGCAGCUAAGCAUCAUACAAAGACAGAAAGAACUAGAGAAGGAACUAGCAGAACAAAAGAGUCUUCUUCGUUCAGUGGCAAGUCAUGGAGAAGAAAUUUUAACUCAGUCAUUUUCAGAUAUAUCUUAUUCUAGCAAGAAGCCAGAUACACUAACGGAAGAGCUGAGUUUAGAAGGAGAAAAGCCCUCAAGCGAAGAUCAAAUGAAAAUGAAAUGGGAAAGCCUAAAUCAAGAAUUCAGCAUCAAGCACAGGCUUCUGCAGAAUGCUCUGCAACAAGAACAAGAGCAGUCAGUUUACAGUAGACCAAACAGGCUGAUGUCUGGCAUGUCAUUGCACAAAGAAGAAGGCAAGGCUCAAGAUAAAGCAUCAGUUAAAUCUUUACUGCUUGGUUUGAAUGAGGCUUUCAAAAGUGUUCCUUCCCAGGCUAGAGGUGCUGAAAAGGAGAGUCUGCAGUUUGAGCAAAAACUAUACAGAGGAGUUUCAGCCACCUCAUCUUGGCUAGAUGGUAUUGAAGAACAUUUGUUUGUUGCCACGACCCUAUUACCUGAAGUGACAGAAACAUGUGUUGAUAAUCAAGAAUCUCUUGCUAAAGAUAUCAAGGAAAUGACAGAAAAAAUGGAUAAGAGCAAGGAUUUAUUUUCUCACAUGUUUCCUGAGAGUGCUGAUAACCGAGAUGUUAUAGAAGACACUUUGGACAGUUUGUUACAGAGACUAACAUUACUAGAUACACUAGUAAAUCAAAAAUGCCAACAUAUGAAAGAGAGACUUCAGCAGAUACUGAAUUUUCAGAAUGACCUGAAGCUGAUGUUUACUUUAUUGGCUGAUAAUAAGUAUAUUGCACUGGAGAAACUAGCGGAAGCACUUGAACGCCCUGAAAUGGAACAAAUACAGGCUAUUGAGCAAGUAGAACAUGGACUGAAAGAAUUAGAUGCAGGUAUCACUGAAUUAAAGAAACGUGGAUAUAAACUACAACUUGAUCAAUCUUUCAUGCAAGAAUUAUCCAAACUUCAGGAUAUGUAUGAUGAGUUGAUCAAGAUCAUAGGAUCACGGCGCAGUGGAUUGAACCAAAAUCUGGCACUGAAGGGACAGUAUGACCAAGCUUUGGAGGAUCUGGCUGACCUGAUUGAAACUGGGAAAGAAAAGAUGGCAGGUGAUCAAAAACUGAUAGUUGCCUCCAAAAAGGAAAUCCAAAAGCUUCUUGACAAGCACAAGGAAUAUUUCCAAGGACUAGAGACACACACGAUCCUAACAGAAACACUUUUUAGAAAAAUAAGCAGCUUUGCUCUUGUGAAGGAAACUCAGAUCCAUGCAGAUCUAAUGGCACAAGGCACUGUGGUGUUAAAACAAGCUCAUAAGAAAGGAGUGGAACUGGAAUAUAUUCUAGAGACUUGGACACAUUUAGAAGAAGACUAUCAGGAACUCUCAGAGCAGUUGGAGGCUGUUGAAACCAACAUUCCUGGUGUUGGCUUGGUAGAGGAAUCUGAGGAAAGGCUUACUGAUCGGAUUGCACUUUAUCAGCAUCUGAAAUCUAGUCUUACUCAACACCAACCCAAACUUUAUCAAGUGCUGGAUGAUGGGAAAAAACUACUGUUCUCUGUCACGUCUUCAGAAUUGGAAACUCAGCUGAAUCAAAUAGGGGAGCAUUGGUUAAAUACUACCAACAAAGUUACCAAGGAACUACACAGACUGGAAACUAUACUUAAACUCUGGACAAGAUAUCAGAAUGACUCGGCUGAGCUGAUUCAUUGGCUCCAGUCAGCAAUGGACCGUCUGACAUAUUGGACCCAGCAAUCUAUUACAGUCCCUCAAGAACUAGAAAUGACUCGAGAUCAUCUGAAUGCAUUUUUGGAAUUUUCCAAAGAAGUUGAUGCAAAGUCAUUCCAGAAAUCUACUGUUCUGAGCACUGGAAAUCAUCUUCUCCGGCUGAAGAAGGUGGAUACGGCAUCUCUGAGGGCUGGACUGUCACAAAUUGAUAAUCAGUGGACAGAACUACUCAUACAGAUUCCAGUAGUACAGGAAAAACUGCAUCAGCUCCAAAUGGAUAAACUUCCUUCUCGCCAUGCCAUCACAGAAGUCAUGAGCUGGAUUUCUUUGAUGGAAAAUGCUAUUUCUAAGGAUGAAGAAAACAUAAAAAAUAUAGUAGGACACCAAGCUGUCCAGGAAUACCUCCAGAAAUAUAAGGGCUUUAAGAUUGAUGUAAACUGUAAGCAGUUAACCGUGGACUUCGUUAACCAAUCCGUGCUACAGAUUAGUAGCCAGGAUGUGGAAAGUAAGCGUAGUGACAAGACAGAUUUUGCCGAACAACUUGGAAUGAUGAACAGGCGUUGGCAGAUUUUGCAGAGUCUGAUAAUGGAAAAGAUUCAAUUGUUGGAAGGUUUUCUUGAAUCAUGGACAGAGUAUGAAAAUAAUAUUCAGAGCCUAAAAACCUGGUUUGAAACUCAAGAGACAAAAUUGAAGGAAAAACAGAGAAUUGGAGAUCAAGCUUCAGUUCAAAAUGCCCUGAAAGACUGUCAGGAACUUGAAGAUCAAUUAAAAACAAAAGAGAUAGAACUUGAAAAAAUUGAACAGACUGGUUUUUCCUUAAUACAAAACAAAAAAGAAGAAGUCUGUGUUGCUGUUAUGGAUACCCUCCAGAAGCUAAAUAAUUCUUGGGCAAAUUUGGACCACCAGGUAGGUCAGCUGAAAACACUGUUACAAUCAGUCCUUCAUCAGUGGAGAGUUUACAAAGGAUCUUAUGAAGAACUUAAUAGCUACAUAAUGGAAGCAAGGUAUUCUCUGUCUCGCUUUCAUCUUCUUACUGGCUCUUUGGAAGCAGUGAAAGUCCAAGUAGAUAAACUUCAGAAUUUGCUAGAUGAAUUGCAAAAGCAAGACCAUCGCUUACAAAAAUUUGGGUCAGUGACCAAUGCACUAUUGAAAGAAUGCCAUCCACCAGUUACAGAGGCCCUUAGUAAUACUUUGAAGGAAAUGAACUUAAGAUGGAAUAACCUUCUAGAAGAAAUUGCAGAGCAUUUGCAUUCCAGUAAAGGUUUGCUUCAGCUCUGGCAGAAGUAUAAAAAUUAUUACAUGCAAUGCACUUCCACUGUCCGGCAGUAUGAGGACCGAACAAAUGAACUUUUGAAGGCUGAAAUCAAUAAGGACACUGUUGAUGAUGAAGUCACUGCUUGGAUUCAUGACUGCAAUGAUCUACUUAAAGGCAUGAAGACAAUGCAAGAUUCUCUAUCUGUUCUGCAUGAACUAGGGGAACAGCUGAAGCAGCAAGUGGAUUCUUCUGCAGCAGCAGCUAUCCAGUCCGGCCAACUCUUACUAAAUCAGAAUUUAGCUUCUUUAGAGCAGGGACUCAACAGACAGCAGUCAAUAUUACAGGCAGGAGUUCAAGAUUACCAGACCUUUAAUCACAGUCUGGCAGGACUGGAGCAGUGGACAAAGCAAGCGGGAGAGAUGCUGAAAACGCAAGAUCCAAGCCACUCAUCGGACUCAUCCCUCAUUCGGAACAGAAUGGAAGAGCUUAAAUGCCAGAUGCUGAAAUUCAGCAGCAUGGCACCAGAUUUGGAUCGUCUAAAUGAACUGGGGUAUAGGUUGCCCCUGAAUGAUAAAGAAAUCAAAAGGAUGCAAAAUCUGAAUAGAUGCUGGUCAGUGAUUUCUUCACAAAGUACUGAAAGAUUCAGUAAGCUACAGUCCUUCAUGCUGCAGCAACAAACUUUCCUAGAAAAAUGUGAGACUUGGAUGGAGUUCUUGGUUCAAACUGAGCAGAAACUGGCUGCAGAAAUUUCAGGAAACUACCAGCUUCUUUUAGAACAACAGAGGGCGCACGAGCUUUUCCAAGCGGAGAUGUUUAGUCGCCAACAGAUUUUACAUUCUAUCAUCAUGGAUGGCCAAAACCUUCUUGAGCAAGGGCAAGUAGAUGAUAGGGAUGAAUUUAAUUUGAAACUGGCAUUGCUCAGUAAUCAGUGGCAAGCGGUAAUUCGUAGAGCCCAGCAGAGAAGGGGCAUCAUUGACAGUCAGAUUCAUCAGUGGCAACGAUACAGAGGAAUGGCAGAGAAACUGCGCAAGUGGUUGAUGGAAGUGACUUGUCAAUCAGCAAGUGGGCUGGGCGGUGUUCCUAUCCCACUGCAGAGAGCUAGAGGCCUGUUGGAUGAAAUGCAGCUCAUAGAGAAAGUGCUUCUUCGCCAACAAGGGAGCUACAUUUUAACAGUGGAAGGUGGAAAACAGCUGCUACUCUGUGCUGAUGGUGAGACAGAAGGAUCCCUACAGAAAGAACUUACAGAAAUCCAAGAGGGCUGGAAAUUAGCAAACCUCAGACUUGAACAACAGAAAAAGCAGCUCACCUUACUAUUAAAAGACUGGGAAACAUGUGAAAAAGGCAUAUCAAAUUCCUUGGAGAAGCUAAAAUCCUUGAAGCAGAAGCUUUCCCAACCAUUGCCAGACCACCAUGAUGAGCUCCAUGCAGAACAGAUUCGCUGCAAGGAACUAGAGAGUGCUGCUGAGGGAUGGACCAAUGACCUUUCUCAUUUGAACUUAUUAAAGGAGACCCUGUCUGGUUUCAUUAGUGCAGAAGACAUUUCGGUACUCAACGAGCGUAUUGAAUUGUUGCACAGACAAUGGGAAGAACUAUGUCACCAGGUUUCCUUGAGGAGGCAGCAGGUUAGUGAGAGGCUGAAUGAAUGGGCAGUCUUCAGCGAGAAGAACAAAGAUCUCUGUGAAUGGUUGACCCAAAUGGAGAGUAAAGUUUCCCAGAAUGGAGAUAUCCUCAUUGAAGAAAUGAUUGAAAAACUCAAAAAGGAUUAUCAAGAGGAAAUUGCAGUUGCCCAAGAGAAUAAAACGCAGCUUCAGGAAAUGGGAGAGCGGCUUGCUAAAGCAAGCCAUGAAAGCAAAGCUCUGGAGAUUGAGUAUAAACUUGGCAAGGUCAAUGACCGGUGGCAACAUCUUUUAGAUCUCAUUGCAGCCAGGAUGAAAAAACUGAAGGAGACCUUGGUGGCAAUCCAGCAAUUGGAUAAGAACAUGAGCAUCUUGAAAUCUUGGCUCGCCCACAUUGAAUCAGAGUUAUCCAAAGCCAUUGUUUAUGAAACUUGUGAUUCCGAGGAGAUUCAAAGGAAACUAAAUGAACAGCAGGAACUUCAAAGAGACAUAGAGAAACAUAGCACUGGGGUUGCAUCUGUCCUCAAUCUCUGUGAAGUUCUUCUCCAUGAUUGUGACGCUUGUGCUACUGAAACAGAAUGUGAUUCCAUUCAGCAAGCCACAAGGAACUUGGAUCGAAGAUGGCGGAAUAUUUGUGCCAUGUCAAUGGAAAGGCGACUCAAAAUUGAAGAGACGUGGAGACUAUGGCAGAAGUUUUUGGAUGAUUAUUCUCGCUUUGAAGAUUGGUUGAAAAUUUCCGAAAGGACGGCUGCUUUGCCCAGUUCUUCCGGGGUAUUAUAUACUGUUGCUAAAGAAGAACUAAAGAAAUUUGAGGCUUUUCAACGUCAAGUACAAGAAAGUUUAACUCAGCUAGAACUGAUCAACAAACAGUACCGACGCUUGGCCAGAGAAAACCGCACUGAUUCUGCUGGCAGCCUCAAGUUGAUGGUCCACGAGGGAAACCAAAGAUGGGACAAUUUGCAAAAACGAGUGAUCGCCAUCCUCCGCAGACUUAAACAUUUCAUUGGCCAACGUGAAGAAUUUGAGACGGCACGUGACAGCAUUUUGGUCUGGCUUACAGAGAUGGACUUGCAGCUCACCAACAUAGAACACUUCUCAGAGUGUGAUGUUCAAGCAAAGAUAAAGCAACUCAAGGCUUUUCAACAGGAGAUCUCCCUGAACAACAACAAAAUUGAGCAAAUCAUUGCCCAGGGUGAGCAACUAUUAGAAAAGAGUGAGCCUUUAGAUGCAGCUGUCAUUGAGGAAGAGUUGGACGAGCUGCGACGUUAUUGCCACGAGGUCUUUGGCAGAGUAGAAAGAUACCACAAAAAAUUAAUUCGUCUUCCACUCACAGAUGAUGAGCACGAGUUAUCCGAUCAUGAAGUGGAUCUGGAUGAAUCAGCAGAUCUUUCUGACCUGCACUGGCAUGAGAAAUCUGCAGACAGUGUCCUUUCCCCGCAUCCUUCCUCCAUUCUCUCACUGUCUCUUCCCCAGCCUCUCCGAAGUGAAAGGUCAGGGCGGGAUACACCAGCUAGUGUAGAUUCCAUCCCCUUGGACUGGGAUCAUGACUAUGACCUGAGUCGUGACCUGGAGACAGCUGUUUCAAGAGCCCUUCACUCUGAUGAAGAAGGGAGGGAGGACAAAGAUUUUUAUCUUCAAGGAGCUACAAGCCUGACAGAUGUAGUGAUUCCUGAGAGCCCUGAAGCCUAUAUAAAACAUACUGAAAAUGCUCUCAAAAAUGUCUGUGGAGAACCAGGUUCCUUGGAAACACAUAUUCGGCAGCUUGACAAAGCUUUGGACACAAGUCGUUUUCAAAUACAGCAAACGGAGAAUAUAAUCCGCAGUAAAACCCCUACAGGGCCUGAGCUAGAUUCUAGCUACAAAGGAUAUAUGAAGCUUCUGGGUGAGUGCAGCAGGAGUAUAGAUUCAGUAAGGCGGCUUGAACAUAAACUGAAAAAAGAAGAGGAAAAGCUGUCUGGAUUUAUUAACCUGAACAGUACAGAGACACAAACAUCUGGUGUGAUUGAUCGAUGGGAGUUAAUUCAGGCCCAAGCCUUAAGUAAAGAACUGAGAAUGAAGCAGAAUCUUCAACAGUGGCAGCAGUUCAGUUCUGACCUAAACAAUAUCUGGGUUUGGCUGGGAGAAACGGAAGAGGAAUUGGAGCAAUUGCGUUGCCUUGAUCUUAGCACAGACAUACAGACCAUUGAGUUCCGGAUUAAAAAACUGAAAGAGCUACAGAAGGCUGUUGACAAUCGCAAAGCCAUCGUUUUGUCCAUCAACCUAUGCAGUUCAGAAUUUAUGCAGUCGGACAGUGAGGAAAGCAAGCAACUGCAGGAACAACUGUCUCAAAUGAACAUGCGCUGGGACCAUGUCUGUUCUAUGUUAGAAGAAUGGCGCUGCUCCCUACAGAGUGCUCUCAUGCAAUGUCAGGAUUUCCAUGAGAUGAGCCAUGGCUUAUUAUUAUGGCUGGAGAACAUCGACAGGAGAAAAAACGAAAUAGUACCUAUCAAUCCAAAUCAUGACUGUGAUACUCUGCAGGAUCAUCACAGACUUCUUAUGCAAAUACGACGUGAGCUUCUAGAAUCUCAGUUAAAAGUGGCCUCUCUUCAAGACAUGUCCUGCCAGCUGCUAGUCAACGCUGAAGGCAGGGAUUGUCUAGAAGCCAAGGAAAAGGUCCAUGUCAUUGGAAACAGAUUAAAAAUGCUCCUGAAAGAUGUGACACGUCACAUUAGAGAACUAGAGAAGAUUCUAGAUAUUUCAAGUAGUCAGUUGGACCUAUCCUCCUGGUCUUCUGCUGAUGAACUGGACACAUCAGGAUCCCUCAGUCCAGUAUCUGGAAGAAGCACUCCAAGCCGACAGAGAAUGCCACGAGGCAAAUGUAAUGUCUCACAGCCUGGACCCUCUGUCAGCAGUCCACAUAGCAGGCCCACAAGAGGUGGCUCCGGUUCCUCCCGUUCUGAAAACCCGGGGCAUCGGUCGCAACCACAGCAUUGCUUCUUCCUCAGGGUGCUGAGAGCUGCUCUCCCUCUCCAGCUUCUCUUGCUGCUUCUGGUGGCCCUCGCCUGCUUGGUUCCAGCGAGCGAGGAGGACUAUAGCUGCACCCUCUCAAAUAACUUUGCACGCUCCUUCCAUCCCAUGCUUAGAUACACCAAUGGCCCGCCGCCUUUAUGAAAAGAUUGCCAGCAGCUCAAUAAUAUUUCAAAUGCAGUACCCAGAGUUCAAUAGGAUUUCCACGAGCUCCCUGCCUACAUAAGUAAAUUAAAUGUCUAUCAGUAUCAAUAUGAGCCAUGGAAUACAUGAAUUGGGCCAUUAAAGACUUGCAUCUCCUCCAUGGACUUCGACUAAGUAAUAUAAAGUUUUUCUCCCCAAACAGCAUCCAGGCUUUUUUCAGCUACUUUUAUAAUUUUCAUCAUCACUCUAUACUAUACCUAGCAGGGGACUUCAGUUUGAAGAAGGACCAGUAUGUACUGCUCAUAUAGAGUUAUUAUACAAUCUUUAUUUAACUACUGGCAUUUUAAACUAAACUUACACAUAAACCUAUAUACUUGUAAGAAACAACCUGGAGUGAUUUUAGAAACCAUUGUAACAUACAAUUUUAAAAGCUUGCAAGGCAGCGUAUUAUUUUCCCCAUUUUUGGUGGGGUUUUGAGUGAGGCAUGAUGUUCUAAUCUUUGCUUUGAAUGCACAAAUUGUAAAUGGCACAUUUUAUAAUUUAAAAGAAAUAUGUAAGAAAUGAAAUCAUGAAAACUUUAUGAACAACCAUGGAUAUUAAGUAUUAAAAAUAUUUAUGUAUGUACAGUU